AUGGCACCAAAGAAGAACACUACUACUACUUUUAUUAACGAAAACGCUACCGAAAAAGUUUCUUAUGCUCAAGCUCCACCAGCUGUUCCUCGGAAAAGAAAAACAAGAAGCAUUACAAGAAAAACCGCUCAAGAGGAUCUUAUUACCGUAGUAGAGCCUACUCCCGAAGUGCCUACUCCCGUUGCUACUGAGAAAAGUCGAAAUAGAAGCAUCACGAAAAAUGAAGCUGCUCAAAUAACGUUCGUCGCUAUGGAACAACCAACCACCGUAAAGGGUAAAGCUAAAAGAAGAAGAACCGCGAAAGGCACCGAAGUUGAACAAGUAACACUGGAUGAUAUCACAAAAAAAACUGAUCAAUCAAUUUCAAGUACUACUGGAAAACCUAGAGAGAUAAAGAUCGUAAGAAACACUGAUGAUGUAAGUGAAACGCCGGUUGCGAUUGAACGACAAAUCGAUCAAUCAAUCUCAAAUAUCAUUACUACUGAAAGAAUCAUUGAUGCUGAACAAAGUUCGCCAGCUAUUGUGAUAAAAAAAUCAACAUAUCAACCGUUUAUAAAACCUACCGCUCUUAAUGCUACGACUGGAAGAAGCAAAGGAAAAAAGACUGCAAGAAUCAUUGAAGUUGAACAUAAACCGCCGGAUGCUAUCGAACAACCAGUAGAUCUUCCAAUUCCAGCUUCCGGAAAAAACAAAGGGAAGAAAGCUGCCGUACGAUCAACGAUUUCCAUUUUUACCGAUCAACCAACUCCAAUUAAGGCUGCUGCUAAAAAAAGCAAAAGCAAAAAGCCAGCUAAUGAACAAACUGGUAAAGUUUUAAAAUCACUUCGAAGCAGAAAACCUGCACAUAACGUGAAUCAGGCAACGACUGUUGAAGAACAACCCAUUACAAUCUCUUGUACUAAUCAAGAAAUUUACGCUGGAGAAAAAGAGAAAGAAAUUGUUGCUGAUCAUACAAUUACUGAUGCCUUUACUCAAGAAAAUACUGAUAUCACUAAUCCAGCUGUCGCCAGCACUUCUAAAUUAAAGAUUUAUACAAGAGGAAUGCACAUUGCUGAUCAAAAUAUUACCGCCGAUACUCUAGAAAAUAAUGCUAUCAUUAAUUCCGUCCAAGCUGUCGCCAGCUCUUCUAAAUUAAGAAUCGAUGCUAGAGAAAAGAACGUGGCUGAUCAAACGAUUACUGCCGAAACUCAAAAAAAUACUUUUAUCACUAAUACCGCCAAAGUAACCAGUACUCCUCGAUUAACUAGAAAAAUUUCACAACCCAUUAGAGCUCGUUCCGCUCGUCUCGCGGUGAAAGCAUUAAAAGAACGAGAGGAACGAGAGAGGUUGGCGAGAGAAGAGCUCAUGAAACAAACUGAACAAACGACAGAAGAAGCCCACACAGUAAAGCGCAAUGCCGAGGAAGAAAUAGCCACCUUAGUAACAGAAGCUUUGGAUGAAGUGCCUGUACAUAAGAGAACUCGCCGUGAGCCUGAAAGAAAUAUAAGUCCAGCACAAGAAGAUGACAUUGAGCAAGCAAAUAUUAAACGUAGCCGAAGACGAACUAAAUUCGAGAGAGAAGUUCCUACUACCAACCAGCAAAUUGCCGGAAAUGAAUUAUCGAAUGCUCGUCACAACAUGAGAUGCGUGCCUCCCCUCGUGGCGGAUCCAACGCCGCGUAACAUAACGCCAUACCACUGGUACUUGGCCCAAUCAUCGUGGCAAAAUAAUUCGUAA